CAACAAGAAGGUAUACAUCCUUCGCUUGAACGUGAAGUACAGGAAUAUCGUCGUAGUUUUCUGCAAGAAAAUGAAGCGAUUGAGCAAGGGGAGGCCCCAAGAACAUAUGGUAGUGAUCGAACUUGUCCUAUUUGUUUUCUUUCGGCGUCAUUUGCUAUAACCACCAAUUGUGGCCAUCUUUUUUGCUGUAAAUGCAUAUGUGGAUACUGGCGCUAUUUUUUCCCGCUAAAUCCUGUGCAGUGUCCUGUAUGUCGCACACCGGUUACUUUAUUAAUACCUUGUCCCAUUGAAGGAGAAGUAGAGAGUAAUUCAGAAGAAGCAGGUUUAAAUGACAACAUGCUAGUUGAAUAUAAUCGACGAUUUUCAGGAGAGAGGCGUCCCUUUAUGGAUCAUAUUCGAGAUUUACCGGUUAUUAUACCACAUUUAUUGCGUACAUUGCUCUCUUUUCGAGGACUUGUGCUUAUGUCUCAAUGCAGGAUAAUUCUUUGUUUAUUAGGCUUAUUCUUUUAUGUUAUUAUUCCUGGGGAUCUUCUUCCUGAAAAUGUUUUUGGAAUUUUUGGUUUUUUAGACGAUAUUCUUAUCGUCUUUUUUAUUUUUGUUUAUAUAUCGAUUAUGUUUCGGCAGUUGCUUGGCGCAGGAAAUUUGCAUUUUGGCUGGAAUAUAAAUGGUGAGCACAAUCAAUGA